AUGCAAGGGAAAUUAUCCGCGGCGAUUAAAUUUCUGGAUAAAGAGAGCUCUUCGGGCUUACUCGAUCUUUCGCCAGAAAGUUUGGAAUGUUUGAAAGAAAAACACCCGCCAGCCAGUGAGAUAGAAGAUGAAUGCCUCCUAAAUGGUCCUGUAGAUCAAAUCCCGCCUAAUAUUUUCGACCUCAUCAAUGAACAAUUGAUCUAUGAUGCAGCAAUGAAAACUAAGGGCUCAGCUGGUCUGUCGGGAAUGGAUGCAGAUAUAUAUAUCGGAGAAUUCUGUGCUCGAAGAAUGUUAGUAGUGAGG